AUGGGGUGCGCGUACAGUAAACCAAAAGUUCGAGAAACAGAACCGAUUACUAUGGAUCAACUUCAAAAGGAGUUAUUCAAGUUCAACAAAAAUAUUCGGGGCUACUGGAGGCGAAAGAAGACCUUCUGUUUAAAAGUGGUCAAGCAAAAUAAUCCUCAGGCAGAGGAAAGACCUCAAACCAAGGCAGGGGUACCUUGCGAUGAUAAACUGUGCUCAGGAAAACCUACAAACCAGGGUCCUUCAAAUAAAAAACCAAAAACAACAACAAAUUCGAAAGAAAUCAAGCAGGAUGUCACUCCACGUGUACUGCGCUCUGUUGAACAAAGGCAAGUUUCCAUUGCUGAUAUUGUACUAAGUUCACAAAAGAGUGUGCAACAUACGUACACGCAAGGGAACCAGAUGAGCGUUCUGAAAUACUUCCAUCGUGAUAGACUGUACCAUCCAGACAGACAUUAUAUCUUCAUCAGAGAGAUUGGUCGAGGAGGUUUUGGACGGGUUUACCUCGCAAGAAACAAACUAAUACAGGGCGAAGAAUAUGCCAUCAAGACCAUCUCGCUUGAACAUUCAGACGAGAGAAGCCUGCUGAUGGAGCUCGAGGCCCUGCUUACCUUCAAGCACAAAAAUAUCCUCGCUCUUGCAAACAGCUACCUCACCGAUGGAUUCUUGUACAUCGUCACAGAAUAUGUGGCUGGGAUGAGCCUUUACUCGAUGAUGUCCAACUUUUCAAACGGUUUACCAGAGUACAUCGUAUCACACAUUAUGAGAGAAUGCCUGCAAGGACUUGCACACUUACAUCAGUCUGGAUUUAUCCAUUGUGACAUAAAGACCGAAAACAUCUUGAUUAGUAACACAGGCCAGAUUAAAAUCGCCGACCUUGGACUAGUGGUGAGAACGACGCAACCGAUACAACCAGGAUUCCGAGGCACGCAAAUGUACGCGUCGCCAGAAAUGGCAAAUGAGCUUCCAUACGGCAAAGAAGUAAGGAAUCGACAUUUGGGGCCUGGGUAUUGUUGCCAUGGAGUUGUUUUCCAAGGAUAUCCACCAUUACGGGUUGCUGAUUGCAUGGAAUGCUUUGUGAACAUGGCUAAGUCUGGCUACACCAUAAUGAAUAAUGAGGCUGCAUCCAGGGCUUCAGAAGACUUGAUGAACUUCUUGUACAACGGGACAUUGAAAUGUAAUCCUGCAGAUCGAUUAUCUGCUGACGAGCUGCUCACCCAUUCUUUUAUUUUGAGACAUGAGCAUUGGGGUGGGUGUUGUGAUUGUCUGUCAUCAUUUAUGAAAUGGGUGCUGGAGCCGGUAUAA